GAGAGAGGGGGGCCCUGUCUCUAAAAGAAGUCUCUCUGGGGAGAGAGAAGAGGGGGGCCCUGCCUCUAAAAGCAGACUCUCUGGGGAACAUGACACCAAAGCUAAGAGGGUCCAGCAGAAGAGACAAGACUCACCUGGACCCAGCUGUAUGUCCAUGAAGAGUGACUCAUCUAUGGAGCAGCCAAUCACAUUCAGAACAGGAGAUUGUACCACUGAUCCAGGGGUCCAGCAGAAGAGACCAGACUCACCUGAACCCAGCUGUGUAUCCAUGAAGAGUGACUCAUCUAUGGAGCAGCCAAUCACAUUCAGAAAAGGAGAUUGUACCACUGAUCCAGGGGUCCAGCAGAAGAGACCAGACUCACCUGGACCCAGCUGUAUGUCCAUGAAGAGUGACUCAUCUAUGGAGCAGCCAAUCACAUUCAGAACAGGAGAUUGUACCACUGAUCCAGGCUCUCUGCAAGAGGAUCAGUCCAGGUGUGCAGUGUGUGAGCAGGUGCUGAGGGAUCCAGUCUCUAUCACCUGUGGACACAGGUUCUGCAGAAAGUGCAUCACCAGAUACUGGGAGAAACCUGCUCCUUCAGGAGACUAUGACUGUCCUCAGUGUAGAAAGAGAUCCAGAACACUUCCUGUACUACAGCACCUGAGUGAACCCAAUGAUGCAAGAGGCUCUGAAAUCAUGGAUGACAGCCUGCAGAGAGUUAUAGUAAACCAUAAAGACAGUCUGAAAAGGAGUUAUGAAUGUGUGAUAGAAGGCAUGGAAAAAGCAGGGAAUCAAACUCCCCUCAACAGGAUUUACACAGAGCUCUACAUCACAGAAGGAGAGAGUGAAGGGGUUAACAAUGAACAUGAGGUGUGGCAGCUAGAGACAGCAUCCAGGACACCAACCUCACAUGACACAGCAAUCCACUGCAAUGACAUAUUUAAACCCUUACCUGGUCAAGAGAGAAGCAUCAGAACUGUGCUGACCAAGGGCAUCGCUGGCAUCGGAAAAACAGUCUCUGUGCAGAAGUUCAUCCUAGACUGGGCUGAAGGGAAGGCAAACCAAGAUGUGGAUAUCAUAUUUCUGCUUCCUUUCCGGGAGGUGAACUUGAUCAAAGAUAUCCAGUACAGUUUUCUCAGACUUUUAAAUGUGUUCCACACAGAACUAGACAUAGGCAAUGCAAAGAAACUCACAGCCUGUAAAGCUAUGUUUAUCUUGGAUGGUUUGGAUGAAAGCAGAUUUCCAUUGGAUUUCCAGCAUGUUGAAAUGGUGUCUGAUGUCACACAGACAUCGUCUGUAGAUGUUCUGCUGACAAACCUCAUCAAGGGAAAUCUGCUUCCCUCUGCUCUCCUUUGGAUAACUACUCGACCUGCAGCAGCCAAUCAGAUCCCUUCAGGGUGUGUUGACCAGGUGACAGAGGUACGAGGGUUCAAUGACCCACAGAAGGAGGAGUACUUCAGGAAGCGAUUCAGUGAUGAGGACCUGGCCAGCAGAAUCAUCUCGCAUAUAAAGACAUCAAGGAGCCUCCAAAUUAUGUGCCACAUUCCAGUCUUCUGUUGGAUUUCUGCAAUAGUCCUUGAACACAUAUUGAGUAUAGACAAGAGGAGAGAGAUGCCCACGACUCUGACUGAGAUGUCUAUACACUUCCUGCUCAUUCAGACCAGCCUGAAGAACCGGAAGUAUCAUGGAAGAGAUGAGAUGGAUCAAGAGGAGCUCAUGGAGUCAGAUAAGGACAUUCUUCUGAAGCUGGGGAAGCUGGCGUUUGAACAUCUGGAGAAGGGUAAUCUCAUGUUCUAUGAAGAAGACCUGAAAGAGUGUGGCAUUGAUGUCAAAGAAGCCUCAGUGUACUCAGGAGUGUGCACACAAAUCUUCAAAGAAGAGUCUGUGUUAUUUCAGAGAAUGGUGUACUGCUUUAUUCAUCUGAGCAUUCAGGAGUUUCUCUCAGCUGUUUACAUGUACCAUUGUUACACAACCAAGAACAUGGAUGAACUGAAGACCUUCCUCAAGAGAAAGUCUAGAGCUACGUCUGAAGAGCUAACCUUGCAUGAGCUGCUGAAGAGUGCCGUGGAUAAAGCCUUGGAGAGUAAGAAUGGACACCUGGACCUUUUUGUCCGCUUCCUUCAUGGCAUGUCACUGGAGUCCAAUCAGAAACUCCUACGAGGUCUGGUGGCACAGACAGAAUGCAGUCCAGAGAGUGUCCAGAAAACAAUCCGAUCCCUUAAGGUGAUGCAGAGGAAGAACAUCUCCCCUGAGAGGUGCAUCAAUCUCUUCCACUGUCUGAUAGAGAUGAAAGACCAUUCAGUACAAGAGGAAAUCCAAGCGUUCUUGACGUCAGAGAAGAGAUCCAAAAACCUCUCCCUUACUCAGUGUUCAGCGCUGGCCUACAUGCUGCAGAUAUCAGAGGAGGUUCUGGAUGUGUUUGACCUGAAGGAAUACAAGACAUCACAAGAGGGUCGUAGGAGACUGCUCCCAGCUGUGAGAGGCUGCAGGAAAGCCCUACUCACUGGCUGUAAACUCACAGACACAUCCUGUGAAGUGUUGCUCUCAGUUUUCAGCUCAAACCCCUCACACCUGAGAGAGCUGGAUCUGAGUAACAAUGACCUGAAGGAUUCAGGAGUGAAACUGCUCUCUGCUGGACUGGGGAAUCCCAACUCUAAGCUGGAGACUCUGAGGCUGUCAGGCUGUCAAGUCACAGAGGAAGGCUGUGCUUCUCUGGUCUCAGCUCUGAGGUCAAACCCCUCACACCUGAGAGAGCUGGACCUGAGUAACAAUGACCUGAAGGAUUCAGGAGUGGAGCAUCUCUCUGCUGGACUGGGGAAUCCCCACUGUAAACUGGAGACUCUGAGCCUGUCAGGCUGUCUAGUCACAGAGGAAGGCUGUGCUUCUCUGGUCUUAGCUCUGAAGUCAAACCCCUCACACCUGAGAGAGCUGGAUCUGAGUAACAAUGACCUGAAGGAUUCAGGAGUGAAGCUGCUCUCUGCUGGACUGGGGAAUCCCCACUGUAAACUGGAGACUCUGAGGCUGUCAGGCUGUCAAGUCACAGAGGAAGGCUGUGCUUCUCUGGUCUCAACUCUGAAGUCAAACCCCUCACACCUGAGAGAGCUGGAUCUGAGUAACAAUGACCUGAAAGAUUCAGGAGUGAAGCUGCUCUCUGCUGUACUUGGGAUUCCCCACUGUAAACUGGAGACUCUGAGCCUAUCAGGCUGUUUAGUCACAGAGGAAGGCUGUGCUUCUCUGGUCUCAGCUCUGAGGUCAAACCCCUCACACCUGAGAGAGCUGGACCUGAGCUACAAUCACCCAGGAGACUCAGGAGUCAGACUGCUCUCUGCUGAACUGGAGGAUCCACACUGCAGACUGGAGAAACUCAAUGUGGAACAUGGUGGAGAGAACACAAUGAAACCUGGGCCUAGAAAAUAUGGCUGUGAUCUCACACUGGACCCAAACACAGUAAACAGACUCCUCUCUCUGUCUGAGGAGAACAGAAAGGUGACAUGUAGGGGAGAGAAGCAGCCGUAUCCUAAUCACCCAGAGAGAUUUCAGGACCAUAAACAGGUGCUGUGUAGAGAGGGUCUGACUGGGCGCUGUUACUGGGAGGUAGAGUGGAGUGGGAGAGGGGAGGCAGAGUGGAGUGGGAGUAUGGCUCUUAUAGGAGUGACAUAUAAAGAAAUCAGCAGGAGAGGAUGGCGCAAUGACUGUGAUAUUGGAUACAAUGACAAGUCCUGGAGUCUGAAUUGCUCUGGCAACAGUUACUCUGCCUGGCACAAUAAUAAUCACACUAUCAUAGACGUCCCCUCCUCCAGCUCCUACAGAGUAGGAGUGUAUCUGGACUGGCCAGCCGGCACUCUGUCCUUCUACAGAGUCUCCUCUGACACACUGACCCACCUGUACACAUUCCACACCACAUUCACUGAGCCCCUCUACCCAGGGUUUUAUGUUUGGUAUGACACCUCAGUGUCCCUGUGUCAGGUGGUCCCUGUGUCAAACACAACAUGAUGUUUCACUCUAAUCCUGGUCAUGUUCAGUAAGACACACUGGAGCAACAAUGUAGAAUAUCUCUCUAGUCAUGUUCAGUAAGACAAGCUGGAGCAACAAUGUAGAAUAUCUCUCUAGUCGUGUUCAGUAAGACACACUGGAGCAACAAUGUAGAAUAUCUCUCUAGUCAUGUUCAGUAAGACAAGCUGGAGCAACAAUGUAGAAUAUCUCUCUAGUCAUGUUCAGUAAGACACACUGGGGCAACAAUGUAGAAUAUCUCUCUAGUCAUGUUCAGUAAGACACACAGGGGCAACAAUGUAGAAUAUCUCUCUAGUCAUGUUCAGUAAGACACACAGGGGCAACAAUGUAGAAUAUCUCUCUAGUGUGUAAACAUAUGAUUGUACAUAUUCAUGAAUAAACACCAUUGAACUUGUCAGACAUUGUUAACUAGAGUCAUUUAUUAAUAGAAUGAAUCACAACACUGUCUUGUAAAACCUGGUUUCAUUUACAAAUCACUGAUCUUGUUGUUAUUGGGCUUCUUGGUGUUUGUAAAUAUUGUCUGUAAAAUGUUUAUUUGUCUAAUUCUUGACACAACAAUCUUGUUUCUGUAUAAACUCAAUUCCACUGAAUGAAAUGUACAUGUGACAGAUUUGACCACUAAAGGUUCAUCAACCAGAUGAAAGAAGAGAGGUGUAAAUGUUUUAAUAUUGAUCAGAAUAUGACAGUACAGUAAAUAGAGUACAGUAAUAGGGGUUGUGUUCAGUACAUAGAAAAGGGUCUUAUUCAGUUGAAAAGGAAGAUUUUAUGAUCAUACACACAGAUCUUAACUGUGUAAAAUGUCACCUUCAAUGGGGUCGUAGCUGUAUCUUAGUAGUGUGUUUUUAGGGAAUCUCCUUUCUUUGUCAUCCCUGGUACAACACCCCCUGUGUGGUCAGAAACAUUCAGGAGAAAUGGAAAGAGAUCCUGUGAUGUGACUUACUCUUUUGGACGUUAACAAAGCAACACUACAUCUUAACUCCUCCACAUUUACUGGAUUGGUUCAACAGGACAGAAGAGAACCUCCCCCAACAUUUCAUCUUUUUCUCAUCAGGACCAGAAAGACAGAAACACCUCUCAGGCAUUUUUUUUUAAUGUCUGUUAGGUACUGGUUGUCAACAAUGACGACUCCUGCUGAAAUACACACCCUUGUUACGUUGCAGCAAGCAGCUUCAGGAAGUGAUACUGUGUAUUCAGUAUUCACAUUAUAAUAUCCACUAUUCUGUCAUUAUAAUAUAUUUUAUUCUGUCAUUAUAAUAUCUAUUAAUCUGUCAUUAUAAUAUCCACUAUGCUGUCAUUAUAAUAGUCACUAUUCUGUCCAGAUAACAGGAGAUAACCAUUGGACUGGAGGAAUCUAACUAGAAACUUGGCAUCUGAUUGUUUUUCCAAGUUGUUUGUCAUGCAACAGCAUCAAUCUAUAUUUUGUGAAAAUAAUAGUUGUUCUAUUCACAGCUUGUCAGUGCAUAUUUAAAGUCUGUGGUCAAUGCAGACAAGCACAAACAAACUGGGACCAGGCUGAACUCAUGGAUGAACUCAAAACAUCUGGGUCACAUGAUAAAAGAUUUUUAGAUUACACUUUGAACACGAGCCAUAUAAAGCCACAGAGAGAUCAAGCCAUUAAGGAGGAGUAUUUAUAGUGUGGAGUCAGUAAAUGAAGUAUGGAGUCUAUGGAGACAAUGGCGACUCGUCAUUCAGGGCAGAGCCCAACCUGUUUUCAGCCCCACCUGUUUAGCAAAACAAAAACAAAAAUGCUUUGGUUGUUGCCUUUCUUGCAUGUAAUUUUGACAUUAUUGGUGUCACAUAUCAGUUUGCAAACAGUGUUAAAAAUAUAUAAUUGAGUUAAUAAAGCUAAAUACAACAUGG